CGGAUCCGCUGUGCCACAGCGCGAGAUGGAGCAGCGCGAGCUCACGCACUCGUGAAUAAUCGAGAGAGAGCAAAGUCUGUUUUUAAUCGUCACUGUUUUAGACAGUACAUCUCAUGUUUACAGUAGCUCAGUGUAGGUUUGUAGGCGUCUCAGUGAGCGCUUUAUAUAGUGUGUCGUGUGAGGAAUUUUUGUUUGAUUUUCGCCAGCGUACUUACAGCGCGAGAAAGGCGGAGAAACGAUCGCGCUCAGUAGUGUGUGAGUGUGUGUGAGUGGGGUAAGGUAAGGUACGUGUGCGUUUGUGUAGGAUAGGGGCGGGAGGGAGCGUUUGGUUCUCGCAUUAUUCAUGAGCAGUGCGGAGGAUCCUCCCAGGGGGCGUGGCUAUUAACAUCAGCUGGGUUGUGAGUUGAGUGACAGAUGUAACACGUGGGUCACAAGCACAUUAAUGCACCCAAAACUACACUGACUGUAGUCAAUUGCGUUAUUGGAGGCCGAUGGAUGUGCUUCGUGAUGUCCGUUCAGAGUGAGCUUCCGGCCGGCGGCGGGGCGAGUUUGCAUGCCCAUCCUCCACCCGUCACUAUCCAGGAUGAGGUGAGCGCUAACAUGGUGCUGACCGAGCUCGCCGCCAAUCACGUGACCCCUCAGGAUGAGCUGGUCAAAAACGGCCUGCAGUCUCGAGUCGAGACGCAGAAACUGGGCAAGCGGCGCUACACCGUGAGCGUUGGCUUCAAACACCCGAGUCUCAGCAAACGCAGGCGCCGCGCCAACUCCGAAUGCGACCCGGUUCUGCCCUCCAACUUCCUGCUGGGCGGGAACAUCUUCGACCCGCUGAAUCUCAACAGCCUCCUGGACGAGGAGGUCAGUAAGGCGCUCAACGCCCAGACGCCCAAAUCCUCGCCGCUUCCCAGAAAGAGCAGAGACCCCGUGGAGAUCCUGAUUCCCAAAGACAUCACCGAUCCUCUGAAUCUGAGCGGACGGGGCGGGGACUCUGCCGAGGGUGUCUUAGUGUCACCCUUGAAGAACCGACGCCGACAUCGCAACCGGCACCAUCCGGGAGCAACCGCUGAGCCUUCGGAGGGCGAGAGGUCAAAGGUCAACGACGGUUCAGGCGUGUCUGUCAGUUCGGACAAGCCUGUUGAGGAGUCGCCGCGUUCUUACGAACUCAACACGUUAAUCAACUGCCGUGACGAAGUGGUGCCGCCCAUUCUCCCACGGCGACGGUCACGCCCCUCCUCGUUAAGCUCCGCCCCCCAGGCGCAGCCGUCCAAACACAAGAAGCGCAGACGGACCAACAGCCGCUCGGACCGCCUGUCGAUCACGCCGACUAAACGGACGGUCACGCACAGCCAGGCCUUCCACACUCCUGUAGUGGGUGGAGUCAGUGGAGCUCCGCCCCCAAGGGCUAUGAAACCCCCUCACAAGACGCCCCGCACGUUCCAGUACGGAAGCUACAGCCGUUACUAUGGUUACCGCACGCCGUCACCGAGCGCAGACCCGCGCCUGGCUGUGUUCAAACCCGAGUGGUUCCGUGGGAAGAAAGUCCUAGACGUGGGUUGCAGCACAGGUCACGUGACCCUCGCCGUCGCCGGGCACUGGAGCCCCGAGCGCGUGCUGGGCGUCGACAUCGACGGGGAGCUGGUGCGCAUCGCCCGCCAGAACCUGCGCUACUUCCUGUCUGAGUUGAGCGGGUUGAGCGGUGGGCCGCCGGGGGAAGGAUCAGAGGUCGGGGGUCAGACAGGGUUGGCGUCUCUGAUGGAGCAGGGUCAGGGGUUACGCAGGUUUCCUGUUUCCUUCACACGCUGCCGUGGACCCAUCGCUGCUCCUCCCAUAAUGCCUCACACCCCCGGCCUGUUCCCCGGCAACGUCUGCUUCCUGAAGGGCAACUAUGUGCCGGACAGUGAUGAGGCGGUGAUGUCCCAGAGUGCCGAGUAUGAUGUCAUUCUGUGUCUGAGUUUGACCAAGUGGGUUCAUCUGAACCACGGAGACGCUGGAAUCCAGAGACUGUUUCAGCGCAUCUACAGACACCUGUUACCUGGAGGAGUCCUGAUCCUCGAACCCCAGCCCUGGAGCUCCUACAGCCGCCGCAAGAGACUCACGGAGGUGAUGUACAGGAACUACAGGAGCAUCCGACUGAAGCCAGAUCAGUUCAGCUCUUUCCUGACAGCUGAGGUGGGCUUCAGCAGCUACGAGCUGAUCGGGACGCCUCACAGCGGCGCUAACGGACUCCAGAGGUCGAUUUACCUGUUUCACAAAGGCCCCGCCUCCAACAGGAAGUGAGUCUCAGGAAGCGGGUGUUGGACUCAUCAUGUGAUUUUUCUGAUUUAACACACACACGUGGUUUUGUAGCGUCGUGCUUCUAAGGUUUGUUUCUUCCUGUGCCCUGCGGACAGAGGGCUGGACUACUUCCUGUUUGCUCUGUUUUUAACCGUUCUGCCCGUCAGAGUUUGCUGCAGCAGAGACUGUUUGACCUCUGACCUCCCUCGGGCUGUGAUUGGUGGCCGGUCGGGUCACAUGGGUGUCGGUGUGUGUCCUGAGGUUCUGAACCGCCGUGUCAAUAAACCUGAUGUUUCUCAUCAAUGA